AAAGGCAGUCUUUACUUUGAUGUGUUCUUACUCUGACAUUUUCCUGCGCAUCAGAAAGCCUACGAUCCUGCAGACGCCAUCAUUCCUCUCACAAAAGCGUGUCGUAACGUGGAGGUCAACAAGGAUGAGAUAUUUAUAGCUUUGUGAGGUAUGGAUGGAUGCAUGGAGGAAGCAGAAAAAUCUAUGUUUGCCCUCAGUGGUGCAGAUUGAUCCUCCGAGUGAGGUCAAACGGCAGUGAUCACCCCCGCAGACCUGCCAGGCUUCACAGCGACGCUGACUGAAGCAUCAGAGGCUGCUCGCAUCUUCACAAGGAACUGUGGUCUUCCUCUGCUCGGCGAGGGGAACAUGUGUUUGUCGAGCGUGUGACAGAAAGAGGCGGGCUCAGAGGAAGAGAAGAAAACCACAGAAGUGAUAGAGAGACAGAGAGAUCCAAGGACAGACGGCACAGAGGGGAGGGGAGAAAGCAGCCUCCGUCAAACGCUGAUCUCAGAGAGGAAGAUGCACGUCUCCGUGAGAGGAGCACCCGAGGCAGGACGAUAGCCGCGGAAACCCAGAGAGAGGCGUCUGACACGGGAGCUGCAGGUUGACUCUGCUGUCAGGAACCGCACAUUGCCCAGAGGACAGAACCGUACCAGCCAGAACCAUGAGCGAGGCCAAGAAAGGUGAGCUGGCCAUCCGAGACAAAGCCAUCCUGCACCAGCAGAGGCGUCUCAAACAGGCGACCCAGUUCACGCACAAGGACUCGGCUGACCUCCUGCCCCUGGACGGGCUGAAGAGACUCGGGACGUCUAAAGACUUGCAACCUCACAGCAUCGUCCAGCGCCGCCUGCUGGAGGGAAACAUCACCCGGCUGCGUGGGGAGGCCCGGGACCCCAGCUGCAGGGUUCGCUCCCCACUGGCCGACACCAAAGACGGGGGUCCCGUCGACGCCGAGGAAAGGAGUGAGAGCACAGCUGAGGACUCGACGGAGGAGAGGGAGUCCCUGGAGGAGAGCGAGAAGAGCCUCCGAUCGGAUGAGGAGGACGACAACAGCGAGGCCGGAGCCCGACAGACGACGGCGCAGAAGCCAGAGAGCCCAGACAGCCCGCCCCCCCUCAAAGCUUUAAUCAUUCACUGCAAGUGCUGUGAGACAGAAGUCAAGGCUUCCAUCAACACCGGCAGUCUACAUAACCACAUCUCCGCCUCCUGCUGCCGACGGCUGGGACUGGUAGCGAGUGAGGACCGUUCGCCGUGUGGCGUCAGCAGCUCAGUGACGGCUCUGCAGCUGCAGGUGGGCAGACAGGCGCUCCGGUGUUCAGCUUUCGUCAAAGAGGACGAGGCGUUCGAGCUGUGCCUGGGUCUGCAGACUCUGCUGGAACUCAAAUGCUGCUUGGAUCUGAGCAGUCGGGUGGUGAAAUUUCAAGGCUGCGACGAGGAGCUGCCCUUCCUGAACACUUGGAGCGACAGCCAGUGCCAACACGACACCAACGAGAACCUGUGAUCCCCGCCCCCCGACGGAGGCCACCACGCCCCCCCCAGAGCGGGACGGGAGGACGCCGUUUGGGUCCGGACCAUCAUCAGUGUCUCUCACUGCCAGAACCGGGAUGGCCUGCGCGGCUCUCCCGUUCACACCGUCGUGUUUGCAGAGUGGACACAUUUUUAAUGAUUCCAUUUAACAUCCAGUUAGUCUAGUUUGUAAAGAAAACCUUCAAUUCCAGGAGCUCUGUAGGGUUCUGCUUUCUGUUGGGUUUGAUUCAUGUGCUCAGAGGAUCUUUAAAAAGGGAAAACUUUGACGAUAGUUUCAACUGAGUUUCAGAUUUUGAUGUGAUUUAACUGUUUGUCUUCUUUUCGGUCAGCCUGUUGAUUUUAAAAAUGUUUAAGAAACGUUUCUAAUGGAUUAAAUUACUGUUGAAAGGAUUGUUUCACGUGAUUGCCAACCUUUAGUGACACAUUUUAACAAUAAAAGUUAACGUGUAAUGAG